AUGGACACAGAUUUUGAUCCCGAAUCGCCCUCCGCGCCAUCGGACGCUGGCAAUCAUGUCCCCGCCUUCACCGUCCUAGAGCCGGGCACCGCCGCCCCCACCCACAUCCCCUCGACAGCUCCGUCGCCGCCCACCGGUUCCAAUGCGCCGAGAUCGCCUGCCCUGAAUCCUCGCAGUUGCGUGACGUGUCGUCGUCGGAAAGUGCGCUGCGACAAGCGCAUGCCGUGCUCCAACUGUCGGAGGAAUCAGAUACAAUGCAUCUUCCCGGCCCCUGGACGCGCGCCUCGCCGACCUCGCCCGCGCGACCCCGACGCGCCGCUGCCGAACUCUAAGAAGCGCGAGAUUGAACUGUUGGAGAGAUUGAGGAAGUUGGAGGGGAUUGUUGAGGAGUUGAGUAGUCAGGUCGACACUAGUGAUCUUCGUCAUACGUCGGCGUCUGCUGCUUCGCCUGAGGGCUGCGGCCAUGAUGCGUGCGACGAGUAUGGAAGUGGCAGCGGCGCGACACCGACAAGUAAAGAGGACUCAUCGCCUUCUAGCAUCACCGCCGUUCCUAGACCAUCCGGCGGGCGUACGGGUCCAUCGUACGCACCCAAUUACGAAGUGAACGCGAGCUUGUACAAGAAGUUUGGAAGGCUGGUGAUCAAUAAGGGCGAAGGAAGGUAUAUCAGCAGUGCGUUUUGGUCUAGCGUCAAAGACGAGUUCGACGAGAUUCGAAGCGGCGUCCACAUCUUGUCAGAUGAUACCGAUUAUACCUCGGAAGAAGAAACUCCAGAACCGGCCGAGUCGUCCGACCUACAAAGCCACGAUGCUUUCAUGUUCGGUUAUCGAGCGGCCGACAUCGACCUAUCUUCUUUCCAUCCUCCUCAGUCACAAAUCCCUUUCCUAUGGCAGGCUUACAAGGAGAGCGUGGACCAGGCGAUAAAGCUCAUCCACGUACCCACCCUUGACAAAACGUUUGAAGAACUGGCAAAUGGCGGUACCCCCAACCUCACGCCACCAAAUGAGGCGCUGGUAUUUGCGAUUUACUUUGGCGCGCUGGUCGCCCUUGAGGAGGACGAGGUCGAAGCGCAACUUGGCUCUCCUAAAACACCGUUGCUGAAGCGCUAUAGAUUUGCCCUGGAGCAAGCGCUGGCAAAAACCAAUCUGCUAAGGAGCCUUGAUUUCACGUCUCUCACUGCCCUUACAUUAUACCUUGUGGUUGUUCGACGAAUUGAUGACACGCGGUUUUGCUGGACCACUACCGGUCUGGCUAUUCGCAUCGCCCAGGGACUAGGCCUCCACCGUGACGGCACUCAUUUCAAUUUACCGCCAUUCGAGACUGAAAUGAGAAGACGAGUGUGGUGGGUGAUUUGCGGCAUUGAUAUGCGCUCCGCUGAGGAAAUGGGUACGGAUUUGACUAUAGUCAACCGUACCUUCGACACGGAGUUCCCCACCAACAUCAACGACGAAGAUAUCAGCCCAGAAUCAACAGAAAUGCCACCAGCCCGCGAGGGGCUAACCGACACGUCUAUGGCUCUUGUGCGCCAUGAGGUUAUUGCUCUAAGUCGUCGCCUCUUCGCCCUCGCUACCGCAGCCGGCUCGGUCUGCCCCAAGGAUACGUCCUCCAGCAUGGCGGAGAGGGAACGUAUGCUUGUCGAAACGUACGCCAGAGUCGAGGCCAAUUUCCUGAAAUACUGCGACGACGAGAACCGUCCCCUCAUUAUCAUGGCAACCUUAGUAGCUCGCAUCCUGAUGGCCAAGAGCUCCCUCAUCAUCUACCAGCCCGCGCUCUUCCCCGGCAACGGAAACGAUCUCUCGGAAGCGAUCAAGGAGAGGCUAUUCAUCUCGGCCGUCGAGAUUAUAGAAUACAGCUACAAACUUAACAACGAUCCCCAGUUUAAGCGGUGGAGGUGGCUCUUCCAGACGUAUACCCAAUGGCACGCCAUUGCGUACAUCCUUCUCGAGAUGUGUCGCCGGCCGUGGUCGCCGACCCUAGAGCGAGCGUGGGGUGACCUGAACCGGACGCUUAACAACCGCCAGAACUUCGAUCUUACCAAGACGGCUGAUCACUUGGCCGUGUGGAUGCCCCUGCGCAAGCUGCUCCUCAAGGCGCGGCGACAUCGUGAGUCCGAAAUCGUGCGGCUUAAGACUAGCCCCGACGAAGUCCGAAAGUUGGACUUGGCAGACCGGCAUAGUCAGUACAGGCCGCGGUUUGGUCGCGCGCCUGGUCUGGACGUCGACUUGGAAGAGGUCCGUAAGCGGUGGUUGGAGCUUGUGCAGCCGGAUACUGCCCCUGGCGAGGGAGGUGAGGCGACGGCCAUUCCGGGACAGCCCCCCCGGCUUUCCCAGCCCGAUUCCCAAAUGGGGGGAACCCUCAAUGACAAUCGAGGAGGUUAUGUGUCUCAACCGGCGACAGAACAGCAGGUUCGCGCUAGUGUGCAGCAGGCGGCAUCUGGUUUAGAUGCUACGAGAGAAGCGUACCUCAACGAGAUGCUGGAUGCGCCAUUCGAUCCCAUCGUGUGGUGGCGAGUCAUGUCACCUGGAUCGACUCUGCCGUCUGCGGCGCCGGCACAGCCCAUCCUACAAACCGGCGCUACUGCUGCCAUGCAAACACCAAACAUACACGGCAACCAGACGAUCUUAACAUCACCCACACAAGCGGCGGCGGGAGAAGAUGCCCAAACCUCGCCGCAGAUGGGCUUGUCGAAUUUACAAGAGGUGCACGCGCAAGCCGCCAGCAACAUACCGCCGUGGCUAUGGCAGGAUCCUUUUGGGACGGCGGCUAUAAACUCGUGUGGUAGUGGUGGCGGAGCUUUAGGCCAAGCGCAAGGCCAGGGGCAAGCCCUGGGACUGGUGCCGGGUGAGGGGGGCGAUGAUGGGGUUAUGAAUAUUGAUGAUUUUAACUGGCAGUCUUGGGGGGAUACUGUGAGGGGGUUGGGGAUGACGUAG